AUGGAAAAGCAAUUGGCCCCCCAAACUUCUGUCCACCCCCUGGACCAGCUCACGGUAGCUGAAUGCAAGAAGGCUGUGAGCCUACUGCGCCGUGAACACCAGGGAAAGAGCCUGCAUAUCAAAAAUGUUCAGGCUCAAGAGCCCCCUAAGAAGCUCAUGACCAGGUACCUUGAUGCUCUGCACAGCGGCCCACCUGUUGCACCGCCGCCUCGGGUCGCUUACUGCAUCUACUAUGUCUUGGAGGACCGAGUAGGCGAAGAGAUGUGGCUCAAUCUUGAAAGUGAAUCGGUCGUUCAACGUCGGACGUUCCCCAAGGGAAGCCACCCGCCGCUGGAUUUCAACGAGAUCUUACCCUACGGCGAGAAGCUCCUUAAGGAAAAGCCUGUCAUCGAAGCACUGAAGAAAUGCGGAGUGACCGAUGAGCUCAUGAAGUGUGUCGCUCCCGAUGGCUGGAUCUAUGGGUGUGAUACCAAUAUUGUGCAGCCUCGCUAUGUUAUGUUCCUGAUGUACAUGCGUGAUGCCAAAACCAACAACGCUGAUAGUAACAUCUACAGCUUCCCUUUGCCUUUCGUUCCUGUUUACGAUUUGAUGGAACAGAAACUGGCCAGAGUGGAUUGGUGUGCCACUGGUGGUGAUGGCGACGAUGUAGUCGAGAUCAAUUAUAACACCCGAAACCCCAUGCAGCCUCUCGUGGAAACAUUGAGGUCUAGCGAGUACAUGUCUGAGCUCCGACCCGAACUACCUCUUCGCCAAGACAUCAAGCCCUAUCACGUCGUUCAGCCCGAAGGUCCGUCAUUUAGUGUUGAGGGCAGUCGUGUUCGCUGGCAAAAGUGGGAUUUCAGAGUGGGGUUCAAUGCUCGCGAGGGCCUGGUUAUUCAUGAUGUUCGUUACGACGGCCGCCAGACUUUUUAUCGCCUAUCUGUUUCAGAAAUGACUGUCCCCUAUGGUGACCCUCGUCCCCCCCUCCAUCGCAAGCAAGCAUUCGAUCUGGGAGACUUGGGUGCCGGCUACUGUGCGAACUCUCUGGCCCUGGGUUGUGAUUGCUUGGGCACUAUCAAGUAUUUCGAUGGUCAUCUUGUCCACGGUGAUGGACAAAUUGAAGUCCGCAAAAACGUUAUUUGCAUGCACGAGCAGGACGACGGUAUUCUUUACAAGCACACGAACUAUCGAACCAAUGUUCCUCGCGUUGCUCGCCGUCGUAUUCUGAUUUUGCAGACGGUCUUGACUGUGGCCAACUACGAAUACAUCUUUGCUUGGCACUUUGACCAGGCCGCCAAUGUCGAACUUGAGAUCCGGGCUACGGGCAUCGUUUCUACUCAGUACAUUGAUCCCGGCAAGAAGAGCAAAUGGGGUACUGUCGUUGCUCCUUCUGUUCUGGCCGCGUCCCACCAGCAUAUUUUUUCUAUGCGUAUUGACCCUGCUGUCGAUGGUCACAACAAUACCAUUGCUGUGUGCGACACCAAGCUAGACCGCCGCGACCAAAUCAACCCGCAUGGCACCGGCUUCUACAAUAGCACGAGCUAUGUAGAAAAGUCAAGUGCGUUUGAUGCUGACCAGACGGUGAACCGGUACAUCAAGAUUGUUAACGAGAACAAGAUCAAUCCCAUCACCAUGAGCCCGGUUGGUUACAAGCUCUCUGCAGUUCCAUCUGCUCUCCUACUCGCGCCCGAAGGGACUAUUUGCCGUAGCCGUGCUCAGUUUGCCACCCAUCAUUUCUGGGUCACCAAGCACGUUGAUGAUGAGUUCUUUGCUGGCGGGGUUUGGACGAACCAGGCGGCGGUUGAGUUGGGAGGCGUCCAGGACGCAGUCAACCGCAACGAACACGUCCGCAACGAAGACGUAGUGCUGUGGCACUCCUUCGGGCUCACUCAUCACCCCCGUGCCGAAGACUUCCCUGUCAUGCCCGUGGAGAGGUUGACUGUCGGCCUGCACCCCAAUGGGUUCUUCACCGAGAACCCUGCUAUGGACGUGCCCCCCUCGAAUCAGAAAUUUAACCGCUCGGUCGAGGUAAUGGACACCCGUUGCUGCAACAAAAUAUAA